CACACUCUCCGCUGCCGUGUGGAAAUAAAACGUCUCCGACACAAAAACAACUGCACCGUGAAGCUAAGAGUUAGUUUAUCUUUCUGGAAAGGAUCAUUUAACUUCAAGGGAACCGCGAAGCGACCACGCGGAUAAAUGUUUUAAAAGUUUGAUUUUUUUUUUAAUACUCGCGAUUAAGUUAGCGUUUAUCGACAAAAUUCAGCUGGAAAAGGAGCGAAUCGUGGUGCAAAUUCGGAGACUUUGGGCAGGGUGCUGUCCUGUGGGAUGGAUGACACCCAAGAGCAGGACCACUACGAGGAGCGCCUAAAAGAAGUUUUUAACAGUUUUGAUUCCAGCGGCUCCGGCUCUCUGUGCCCGGAGGAACUCAGUGAACUCUGUCAGUCCCUGCACCUGGAUGAUGCCACACCAGCUCUUCUGCACACGCUGCUGCAGAACCAGGACCGCCUCACUGCGAGGGUUGACUUUGAGCAAUUCAAGAAUGCACUGAUUCUGGUCUUGUCAUCAACUAUUGAGCCACCACAAGCAGAACAGGAAACCUUGUCAAAACCAGAAACUCCAGAGAUCCAACCAAAGUUCGUGAAGGGCAGUAAACGUUACGGCCGCCGCUCUACGCCAGAGUUCAUCGAGCCUAUUUCAGACUUCUCUGAAGUUACAAGUGCAAACCCGGUGGAGGAGGACAACCUGGAGGACAACUAUGACUCAGCUGUUCCCAGGAAGCGUGAGCGCUGGAAUGCUCAUGAAACAAACACAGAGGAAUAUGAGGCAGAAGGACAAAUGCAUCUCUGGAACCCCGAUGAGCCGAGCACACCUCGGGGAUCCAUCUUUCCUCUGUCGACGUGUUUAGAGGAGAGACUGCGUGACACUUGUGAAGAACUGAACAUAUCAUGGGACGGAUGUGCCGGUCACACCGAACUGCUCGCUCUCUGUGAACACCUGGGCCUGGAGAUAAAUCUGGAGGUAAUCCAGAGUCUCACUGGUGACGGAGCGAUGAAUGUUCAGGAGUUUGUUUCCAGGGUUGUAAACCACAACAAACCCCCCACGCCGUCCGCCUCCACUCCCUACAGACAGCUUAAACGACACCACUCCACCCAGCCUUUUGAUGAAGGAGGCCGUAGGAUAGCCACUCCUUCUGUUCUGACCAGCACCAUCGGCAUGCGUCUCUUUUCCACGCUCGAUGAUGGGACCGGUUUCACUCCUGUUGACUACGUCCUGGAUGCCUGGAUGGAAGAGGGAAUAGAAAACAGCACUGAGAUCCUGCAGGCUUUGAAUUUCAGCUUAGAUGGAAAAGUGAGUCUUAGUGACCUCACCAUGGCACUUGAGAAUGAGCUCCUCGUUACUAAGAAUGGGAUUCACCAAGCAGCACUGGCGAGCUUCAAAGCUGAGAUCAGACAUCUUCUAGAGCGUGUGGACAGAGAACUAAGAGAGAAAGAGAAAAUCCGAUCCGACCUGGAAAAAGCAGAUAAACUAAAAACUCAGCUCGCCACCGAGGUGGACGAACGUCACUCUGCGAUUGAACACAUGAAUAAUGUCAACCUCAGGAAGCUUGAACAGGAGCACAAAGAGAAGCUAGCAGCGGUACGAUCAGAACUGAUGCAGGAGAUGGACCAGAUUCAGCAGCAGGCUGGCCUGCAGCGUGAGGAACUGGAGUCAGAGGUGGAGAAGAUCAGACAGGAUGAAUCUUUCCUCAGAGACCACCUCUCCAUCUCUGUCAAGGAAAACCGACGUCUUGAAAUGGAGUUGCUGGACAUCACCGAAAAACUAGUGGAGUCACAAAACCAAAACACGAAACUUCAGACAUGUUUAGACAACGUUUUGAAAGAAAAGUUUGGAGACUUGGAUCCUGGCAACGCAGAUUUAUUCCUCCAGGAGGAACGUAUUAAAGAGCUACGCAGCGGCUACGAAGCUCAGUACAGGGAGCUGCAGGAUCGUAUUGACGAGCUGCAGUCAGAGCUGCAGGAGUUCCACAGCGUCGGACGAGUUCAUCAGUCGUGCCACAAACCUCUCUCUGAAGAGCUGGAGAGUAAAAGCCCCGGCAUGGAGUCUGACCCAGGCAUCGGUUCAGAGGAAGUUCAACCCUUCAGCAUGAGCCUCGAGGCAGAGAUGAUGCUGGAGCAGCUGAAGGAGCAACACCUGCAGGAAAUGGAGGAAUUGCGGAACCAGCUUGAAAGCAAGAUCAAUGAAUUUGAUAAGAUGGUUGGGAAGCAGAGGGCGACUCAUGAGGACCAGAAGGCUGCCUUGGCCCUCCAGUACCAGCAGGAGGUCCAGGCUCUGGGGGAAGAGAUGGCCAGCAUUCAGAGCCACGCAGAGGAGCUUCAGAGCCAGCUGGAGCAGGCCAAGCUGAAGCGGACUUGUCUGGAGGAGAAGCAGGCCGAGGAGAGGGCAGAGCUGGAGAAUCUGCAGGAGGAGGAGGUGGGAACUCUCAGACAACAGCUGCUGGAGGCCCACACCUACGCUGCAGACCUGGAGGAGCAGCUGAAAACCUUGGAAGCCCAGCAGACAGAAACUGAUGAAAAUCUAGUCAGUGAGAUAGACGAGCUGAGGAAACAACACGCCACAGAGAUUAAGAAACUGGGGGAAGAGCAGUUAGAGCUUUCUGAAGCCAGACUGGAAGAGGAGAGAAGCAAACUGCAGGAAGAAAAGGCCGAGUUGGAGAAGAGAUUGUUAGAUGAUUACGAAAAGGAGAAAGAGCAAUUGCAGCAAAGCCAUGAGGAUGAACUGAAGGCCAGACUAGAGGAGGCAAAGGUGAAGUUCAAGGAAGAGCGCGAUGAGAUUGAGCAGAGGCUGACAGAGCAGUGGCAGAAAGAGAGGGCUCAGCUGGAUGAGCAGAAUAAUGAGUCUCUGCAGGUGGUGUUAGAGGAAGAGAUGUUGAGACUUGUCAGGGAGCAGGAAGAGAAGGAGAGCAAGCUCAGGGAGCAGUGGGAGGAGGAACGAGCCCAGCUCCUGGAGCGUCAGGAGGAGGCUCUGCUUGACAGAGUGCUCCAAGAGAGGCUGCAGGUACAGGAGAAGUUUGAGCAGAGGGAGAAAAAGCUAAAGGAGGAGUGGGAGACGGAGAGACUGCAGUUAGAGGAGGAUUACGAAGGCAUGCUCCAAGAAAGGCUGAAUGAAGAGAGGGAGAAGCUCGAGACGGAGAGAGAGGAGGAGGAGAAGAGAAUAGAGCGCUUAAUGGCAGAGGAGAGGGAUCGUCUGGAGGAGAGUCACCGAGAGGCCGUGAAGGAGCUGACUGUCAAACACACUGAGGAGAGGGACGCUCUCAGCAGCAUGCUGGAUAAACUACGAGAUGACAUCACUCAGGAGAGAUCAGAGGCGUCACGUCUCGCUGAAGAAAACGUCGUCCUCAGACAAAAGAUUGCAGCAUUGAAGGAAGAGGACAUAAAAGAGGUCCAGGAAGAGUUGAUACAAACACUGGAGCAGCUAAAAAAAGGGAAGAUUGCCACUCAAAAGGCAGCGGACAAUUUCAAGAAACAGAUUUCCGAGCUGCGUCUGCAGAGCCAGCAGCUGGAGGAUGAGAACGGGCUGCUGUCAGAGAAAAAUGCCCAAAAUAUUUCUGAUAUGGAGAGUCUACAAGAGCAGCUGGCUGAGCUGAUAAAAGAGAACGAGAGGAGGGAGGCGUUCACCGCCGAAGAGAAAAACGAGCUGGCAGCAUGUGUGUCUGCUCUGGAGGCAGAGCUGACCAAAGCUCUGGAGGACACUGCACAGCUGGAGCAGAGGAAUAUCCAGCUGUCACAGCAGCUCUCUGGCCUCAGAGAGAAGUCGUCUUCUGGUUCUCAGGGGGUCAGAGUGGAUUCUAUGCAGAGGCAGCUCAGCCACCUGGCGGAGGAGCGGAUGAUCCCAGAUCAGCAGACUCAGGGCCUCUGUGACCAGCUGACCAAAGCUCAAGAGAGGGUCAAGUCAGCAGAUGAAACUCUUCAGGUUGUGAACCAUCAAAGUGCUCUUCUUAAGUCAGACUUCCGUGUUUUGCAGCAGGAGAGGGAUUCCCUCAAACACGAAGUUGCAGUGCUACACAAACAGCUGCAAAAUGUCAAUGACAAAAACCACGUGUUGGAGAUGGCCUUGCACUCGAGUGGUCUCCAGAGUCAGAGCAAGAAGCUGUUCAGAGAUGAGAUGUCUCGGCUGCUGGAUCAGGAGCAGAAGCUGCUCAGGCAGGAAAACGAGAGACUCCGGGACGAAGUACACGGCGUCAAAGGAGACCUCGUGCAGUCCAGAGAAAAGGUCCGUCAGCUGGAUGCGACCAUCCUGUCUCUGAAGCAGCACAAACAGCAGAGUCAGUCGUCCCUGGUGAAGGCCUUGGAGCAGGACAACGCUGCUCUGAGGGAGGAGCUCGAGGCACAAAAGGAACUCACCAAGGGCCGUGAAGCAGGACGAGGGCACACGGAGCUGGAGGGCCUUCAGCAAGAAAACGAGGCGCUCAAGGCCCAAAUGGCUCGACUGUCUACACAAGUGCUAGAGUCAUUUCAGGCUCAUUUGGUCGGACUUCUGCCUCCGUCACCUCACAGGAUGCCCAGGGGACAGCACCGUGGUGAAGACCCAGACAACAUGCAGGGGCCGAUGGCGGAGCAGCGGGCGGCUCACGCAGACAGCUACCGGCGCAUCGGUGGAUUGUAACGCCAGCAUCUUUUCCUGCUCUUCACUUUAGCCUCUUUGCUUCCCUCCAAGACUGCUCUUCUUCUCCCUCUUCCUUCUGCUCCUCCUCCUCCUCUCAGUCCUGCUCUUCCUCUGCUAUGUUCGGAGCCAAAAUCUGACUGUGGCGCUUGAUGCCGUCCUUUCUGCAUCCUUAUAGGAGAUUGUGAACAAAUGUGGUGCCUGGUUCAAAAGGCAUGAAUGUGUAAUUGUAUUUCUCUGCUGCUAGGUGGCAGGAAAACACAGAAACCGCUCCUGAGGUUUUUCCCAAUGGGAUGAUUUUGAUUAAAAUGACAUUUGAAUUUAUGAGUUUGUCAGACUUCAAACAGAGUUACUCCUUGAUGAACUUUGAAUUUUUUAAGGGUCCAAUCCUUUUAUAGUUUGAAUACGGGGAAUCUUUUUAAAGCAGGGUGUAUUUUCUGGGAAUGUUCUGUAAUGCACUUGUAAACCGUUUAUUAUUGUCUGAAACAGGGUAUAUACAUGAUCCUCAGAGGCUAAAUCUUGUAUGACAGCUUGCCUUAUGAUCAUCGAGAAGUAAAAGAAUAUUUUUACCUUAAAAUGACCAUUUGUUUAUUAGUUACUCACUGUUUGUCUCUGAAUUUUUGAAGAAAACACAUUUAACAACCGCAAACUAUAUCAAACAUAAUGUCCCAAAUGAUCUCACAGAUGUGCAGUAUAAUCCAAGCCUCAUUUAUCCAGUUGUAUGCUCACUUCUUACCAAACACAUGCAUUUUCAGAAAAAUCAUACUAUUUACUAUUGGGUGUCACGUUUUUCCAAAUCCACAAUUCAGUUACAAUUCAAUUUAAAGUCACAAUUUAAUUAUAUUUUGUAAUGAAACCUUUUUUUCUACAUUCACAGUUAUGCUUUUGUUAAACUGUUGGUUUUAUGUCCAAUGUUAUAUAAUUGGCCAUAUUUUUUUUAAUGUACCACACUAAAGCCAUAUGAUCAGAUUUUCCAUUUUACCUAUCCAGUUUUGAUUAGGAUUAUGUAAUUGUGAGCUCAUUUCGAUUGAUUUUUACUAAGAAUUUGAAUCGUGACACCUACAAAACAUUACUUGUCCGGUUUCGCAUGGAGGAGUAGACCUUGUGCACCUGCAGAAGUAUAAAACAGGAGUGUCUAAUGUGUUUUAAAUAGUAAAUAUUACCAAAAAUGCAUGUAUUUGGAAGCAGUGAGCAUAUAACUAUAAACGAGAGUUAUGUGAUUCUGCACAAGUUUGUGAGAGUUUGUCAACCGAUGUUUAAAUCUGGUUUUACUGUUGUUAAAGACGGCAUUUACUUUUAAUAGAGGCUGAGUAAUGGAUCUACAAACAGUCAUUUUAAGGAUGAGGUGUUCCUUUAGGUGGAGGCGAGGUUAGUGCCUAACUGCCCUCUGAGCCUUUUCCAACAAUCAAGCAACCUGUAAUUGUCAGGUGACGUUUCUGUCUAUGUUCAGUAUGAGAUUUGUCAAUGAAAGUUUUCACUGUUUGUCUUUUUCUGUUCAUGCCUGUAUUUCUAAUUAACAUAUAGCUGAAUGUGUCUUCCAGCUGUGUGUGUUCUGGGACUGUGUGUGUGUGUGUGCUGCUCUUUUUGUUGCUGCUGCUGCACAACCAAAGUGAAUCACAUCCUUCUGUUGUUUUUCUGUUCAAACACGUCACACAACUUGAAUGUUAUCUGGUAUUUAUUAUUAGAAACCAAAUCAUUGUUUGUCCCCAGUAGUAAUCUGUUAAUGUCAUAUGUGUCUUGGAGUCAUUUAGUGAUUCUUUUUUUGCAUCAUGUAUAGACUCAAGUGUAUUUUAUUUGUUUUAUUAUUUUGUUAUUUAUUUUAAUAGAAUCAUGUUAGAGUUUAUUUUAUUUAUGCAUUUAUUUAUUUAUUUUUGUAGAGGUAUCUGGAAUACGUGGCAUAAUUUUAUACCUAUUUAUAUUUUAUUUAUUUUUUUAGUGUGUUGUCAUCUCCUUUAGAAAUGUACCAGAAAUCAAAGAUAAAAUAAAGCUUCUAGCUCAUUAGAAUGUGGUCUGGAUGUUUGAUUUCUCUCACUGUCAGUUCACAUCAGCUCAAAAUUCUUAAUUAAUUAAUUAUUAAUUAAUUCUUCAUU